AUGCCGGUAACCGAACUCGCCCUCCUCCGCCAAAAAGCGCAAGACCCCUCCCCAUCCGCCAAAAGCACUGCCCUACAAGUCCAGAAGACAAUAUCAGAAUACUCAGGCCAUAAAGUCACAUACCUCCGCCAAAUUGAAGACCCAGAAUUCUUCUAUCUACUGGGCGGGUGGGACUCUAUCGACAAACAUGACGGAGGCCAGUGGUCAUCCGAAGAAAAUAAGAACCUGUACGCGAGCGUGAAAGAGAAUUUUGCUAAUAGCUGGAUGUUCCACUUGGAUCUUGAUCCAUCUACAUCCAAAAUCCCACUGGAUGCACCUGUUAUCGCUAUAACGCGAUGCUUUGUCGAGGCGAACAAGAAGGAUGAAUUCGACGCUGUUUUCAAGGCCGGAGUGGCUGAUUUGAAUGCCUCCACGGCGCCGUUUACUUCGUGUGGUGCGUGGCGUAUCGAUAAAGAGGGUGAUGAUGAGGAGUUUGUUCUUUUCAGUGGGUGGAAUCAAGUGCAGGAUCAUUUUGAUUUUGCUGGGUCGGAGGUUUCGAAGGAGUUUAGGAAGACUCAGGCUUUGAUGAAGGGUGCUGAGGUUAAGCAUGUACGUAUUGAGAAAUGGGAGUAA